AUGCGUCUCUACCAGCUCUUCGCCCUAGCGGCCAUCGUCUCCCAGGCCUCGGAAGCUUCCGUCAAGACCCGACUGAAUGGCUGGUUCAAGUGCACCGACUUCACCUUCUCCGAUGAAGGAAGCUCGACUGGGCAGUACACGGAAUGCGCCACCUUCAGUGCGCCCUUGUGCUACCCUGGCAUCUGCAAGACGCCAAAGUUCGCCGACCCGACCAUCGACGUCUUCGUGAAGCGCAUGCCGGCAACCAACGGCGACCCAGAGACCGCUACGAACGUUUGGUUCCUCGAGGGAGGCCCCUCUUCGUCCACUAACAUGGAAUUGGUGAUGAUUGACGUUCUCACUCAACUAAAUGGUACCGCGAAUCUCUACACUAUGGACUACCGCGGUCUUGGUCGCAGCACGUAUCUGGACUGCAUUGCCGCGCAGUCUACCACCACGGGAUCUCCGUACGGUAAGGAGUUCGCCUCAUCGGAAGUUCCGGAUUGUGCUCAGGAACUCGAGAAUAAGUAUGGUGACCUCGCUGCGUUCUCGGUUACAAGCUCGGCCACGGACUUGGCGACUUUCAUUGCCAAGUACACGAAUAACGCCAGUACCAUCGUGUACGGCUCCAGCUAUGGAACUCUAUUCGUGGAGCGCUUGAUGCACUUAAACCCCAAGAAGGUGACGGGAUACGCUUUGGACGGCGUCGCCACAGCGUCCGGAGCUUCAGCGGACAAGUUCUUCUACAUGUCCAAACGGGAUAUCGACUUUGGUAUUGUGGGCGAUCGCUUCUUAGCGUUGUGCGAUGAGGACGCAACCUGCAGCAGUCACUUCAAGGAGCCAAACACGGUGCCAACAACCCUUCGAGGGUUACUCGCGGACUUUGACAAAGAUCCGAACUCAACUUGUGCCAGUCUAUUGAAGAAGUUGAAAUACUACGGAGAGUUUGCACCUUCGGGUGCACUUACGCUGAUUUUUGGCACGAUGCUGGUGGAUGCGGAGCUACGAAAGCUCAUCCCCCCGGUCGUUUACCGCAUGAAACGCUGUGAGGCCAAGGACGCUGAAGUUCUGAGCCAAUUCAUCGCCUACUACAACACGUACGCCAGCUCAACAUCCCAGGACGCCGCUUUUGAGUCCACGCUACUUACCAGCCUCCUCUAUUUCUCGGAGAUGUGGGAGCGCCCGCAGCCUUCGCAGGCUGAAAUGGACAAGCGGUUCAAGAACGCUCUCAUUUCAGCUGGGGUAUUCGUGAAUCAGCCCGAGCUGUACUGCGCCUUCUCCAAGGAAAAAUCCAAGUCGUGUGAUGAAUUCAACGUCGGCAACUAUCCUGCGAAGCCCAUCAUCUACAAGCGCGAUCAGUACUGGAACAAGACCGCCACGAUCCCCAGCCAGGCCAGCGUUCUCCUCCUCAGUAGCAAGAUGGACGCUCAGACGUUGCACGAGUACGCCGAGGCGUUGCUGGACACGCUGGACGGAGACCAAAAGGAGAUGGUCACGUUCAACACCUCCAUCCACGGAACGAUCGUGUAUACCCAGCUCGAUUCUGGUAGUACUUGUGGCGCAAAGCUUCUGGCCUCGUAUGCCAAUAACAAGGGCAAGCUCAACGGAUUGGACAAGUCUUGCGUGGACGAAGUGCCGGCGUUCAAUCUGACUCUCCCGGUCGAGUACCAAAACGCCUACUUCGGUACCGACGACGUGUACGAUGGCGCCUACAACGCCAGUCUAACCCAGUGA